AGUCAUUUGGACAGAACUAUCCUGAGGAAGCUGAUGGGACGCUGGACUGUAUCAGUAUGGCUUUAACGUGCACCUUCAAUAGGUGGGGCACAUUGCUUGCAGUGGGCUGUAACGAUGGCCGCAUUGUCAUCUGGGACUUCUUGACGAGAGGCAUAGCCAAAAUCAUAAGUGCCCAUAUCCACCCUGUCUGUUCUUUAUGCUGGAGUCGAGAUGGUCACAAACUGGUGAGCGCUUCAACUGAUAACAUCGUAUCACAGUGGGAUGUUCUGUCUGGAGACUGUGACCAGAGGUUUCGAUUCCCUUCACCCAUCCUGAAAGUUCAGUACCACCCCAGAGACCAAAACAGGGUUUUGGUGUGUCCCAUGAAAUCUGCACCAGUGAUGCUAACGCUUUCUGAUUCAAAACACGUAGUUCUACCUGUGGAUGAUGAUUCUGAUCUAAAUGUGGUGGCCUCUUUUGACAGGCGAGGGGAAUAUAUCUAUACAGGCAAUGCCAAGGGGAAGAUCUUGGUCUUAAAAACAGAUACGCAGGAUCUGGUUGCUUCCUUCAGAGUAACAACUGGAACCAGCAACACCACAGCUAUUAAAUCAAUAGAAUUUGCCCGGAAAGGAAGCUGCUUUUUAAUAAACACGGCUGACCGAAUAAUCAGGGUGUAUGAUGGCCGGGAAAUACUAACCUGUGGGCGAGAUGGAGAGCCUGAACCAAUGCAGAAGCUGCAGGAUUUAGUAAACAGGACACCGUGGAAGAAAUGCUGUUUCUCUGGGGAUGGGGAGUACAUUGUGGCAGGAUCAGCACGGCAACAUGCCCUGUAUAUCUGGGAAAAGAGCAUUGGAAACUUAGUGAAAAUCCUCCAUGGAACCAGAGGGGAGCUGUUGCUAGAUGUAGCAUGGCAUCCUGUCCGACCUAUCAUCGCUUCUAUUUCCAGUGGUGUUGUAUCAAUAUGGGCUCAGAAUCAAGUGGAAAACUGGAGUGCCUUUGCGCCUGACUUUAAAGAGUUGGAUGAAAAUGUAGAGUAUGAAGAGAGGGAAUCAGAGUUUGACAUUGAGGAUGAAGAUAAGAGUGAGCCAGAGCAGACAGGUGCUGAUGCUGCAGAAGAUGAGGAGGUGGAUGUAACCAGUGUAGAUCCCAUUGCUGCUUUCUGUAGCAGCGAUGAAGAACUGGAAGACUCCAAGGCAUUGUUGUAUUUACCUAUUGCUCCUGAAGUGGAAGACCCAGAAGAAAACCCUUAUGGACCUCCACCUGAUGCUGUGCAGACCUCCUUAACUGAUGAGGGAAUAGGCUCUGAGAAAAAGAGGCAGUCAUCAUCCGAUGGACCUCAGCCGCCAAAGAAGAAACCCAAAAUGACCAACAUUGAACUGCAAGGAGUGCCUAAUGACGAAGUUCAUCCGCUGCUGGGUGUGAAGGGAGAUGGUAAAUCCAAGAAGAAGCAAGCAGGCAGGCCUAAAGGAUCAAAAGGUAAAGAGAAAGAUUCUCCAUUUAAACCGAAACUCUACAAAGGGGACAGAGGUGGUUUACCUCUGGAAGGAGCAGCGAAGGGUAAAGUGCAGGCGGAGCUGGGACAGCCUUUGACAGGUGGUGCAAUCUCAGAACUGUUAUGAGGACAUGUCUGCUUUCUCUUCCUCUGUUCUUUCCUAUGUUGGCACCAUCCUGUGGAAUAUGGACAAAGUACUUGGCUAGAUAAUGAACUGACUUGAACUUAAUACAGCAGCAACCUGAUUGCUCAUGGAUGCAGGGAGUGACUUUUAGAAGAAGUGAAUUAUGGAAGAGAAAAUGGCCUUCGUUCCUUCCCCUCAAACCCCUUUUCCCCAAACAGUGUAAGAUAUUGACUCUCAGGAUGGGAGAUUUGCAAAGAAACUGAAUGGAGUGUCUCCUUAUAGCAUUUGCUGAAGCAAAGUACCAGCUUUCCUUUAGCUAAGAAAUCAUUUUCUGUUUAGUUCUGAAGCAUGCCAAGAUUUUUAAUCCCAGGACCAUGUUAUCCUCUGUGUAUUCCUGAAAACUUCCAUUUCAUCCACUCAUUUCAGUGAAUUGUUGUGCGUUUUAUUCUUUCUUUUGUGCCAUCUCUACAGUACUUUACAGUAAGUUAAAAAAAGUCUGUUAAUAUCUUUAUACAUACAGCCCUUUUGUACCACCACUGCUCGCUCAUGUGCAAGGUCUGAUGUCAUGCCAGCAGGAGAGGAUUUCAAAUUAGGAGCGGGGAUAGAUAGUCUCUAAAGUCUGCAAAGAAUGGGCACUUUAUGUAGUGGUUUAUGGAGAUGAAAGAUGCCAGCUUCACAACAUUUUUGUUGGUAGAGUUGGGGAGGGAGAAGACGGAAGCAUGUCUAGAUAAGAGCCAAGAAUGUGACUUUGUUGCCUUUAGGCUAAGGUCUAAAAGAUUGCAUUUUGCUACUUGGUUGUUUUUGCUUUCAGUAUUAGUUCUUUUUAUAUCGUCAUAUCAAGUGACACUGUUGGAUCCUUCUUUUGCUGACCUGUCGUUGCAGUUCAAGAAGAAUGAACCCCAAUAUUUAUCUCAAAAGAAACUGUAGCAUAAAUACUCAAGCUUUUUUUUUUCAGUUAAAUAUCAAAGACCUU